AGCCUCUCCAUCAAUCCACCAAAUUCGCACCCCCAAACCGCCGGCACGCGAGGUCACCGCUCUUGGCGCGCUUGUCCGGACGGUUCGCCUUCAACACCCAACGAACCCGAAUUGUUGGGGAAAACCCGUGGCUGUGCCUGGGUGCUAACAUCGGAUUCCCGCCCAGGCUCAUGCGCUCAUGACCACCAUCUGACGGUUGACCUACUGUGGGAGUCGGGAGUGUUUCGGAAGAUGAAUCGCACGUGGUCUGCCGACUCGAUGGAUGAGACCGACCAGCAAAAACUGUAUGGAAUCGGGCCGACUUCGAUCGAUCUCUUUCGGCCUCGGAAACAUGGGCGUAGAUCCUCCACAUCGCAAAGAGAUCACGCUGCCAGUUCCUUGCAAGAACCUCGCAGCUCGGCUGCUCCAAAUGGUUCUUCGGUAAUCACGGAACGUCGAAAACGAGGUCGCAGCAAGGACCCAGCUGCGCCAAAGGCAGAUUUGUCACCGUCAGUGGCGCUGCUUGGGUCCAAUUCAUCAUCAGUCCCAAGGUCCGCCGUGGCUGAAGGAAAACAGAGGCAGAGUCUUGAAGGUAUGCGUCAAGUCAGCUGGGGAAUAUCUACAGGCACCGACAACCGCUACUCGAGCGCCGUCUACGCGGGUGGCCCAUCAGCUGCAGGAAGCAUAGACGGCAUGUCCGACAGUAACGACUCGACGACCGACUCGGAUGAGCAAGGUUUCUCCUGGGACAUCAGCAAGAAACUUGCGGACAGGCGCCUGCAGUUAUCGCGGCCGCCAGAGAGAGAACGUGGGGCCACCAUUCGAGCGUCCAGGUCAUCACGCAAUGCAACGCUAUCUCUUCCGCCCGACAAAAGUGCACCUGGGUCCGCUGGGGACAAAGCAACGCACGACGAUCUGCAUCCAUUCUCGGUGCAAAACACAAGACACUCAGCAUAUCAGCCAAUCCCAAGGGCAUCUCUAGCGCAGAAGUUGCAGCGCGAGUCAAAUGUUUUUGUCGAAAUCCUCGUUUUAUCCGGAGCAACAGUUGUUGCGGCACGCACCCUCCUCGGAAGCAGCCAACCCUCUCUCAUUUCCUCAGGGUGGCAACUCCUCGGUCUGACUAUGGCCACGCUUACAUUGGUCGGAUUACAGACCCUGCUUGGGCCUGCGAAGCUCUGGGCAACGGAUGAUCGUCACUAUCGAGAGGCGAAGGAUCAAGGCGUCAUGGCGGGGCUCAUUCUAGGGCCUCUCCUUGCUGCAGCGUGCCUGAUCGAUAGCUGCUUUAGUGAACAAGCCGCUUCUCUCGAAUCUACUCAAAGCUCUUGGCUUAUCAGAAAGAGCUCACAGACCGAGGCUAUCUCGGGCCUCGGGCCAUUGUCAACCGCCAGGCAUGCGCUUCUGGGCAUGCAAUUCGUCAUCUUUGCAGUAACCGCCUGCCAUGUGAUAGCAUCGUUAGCAACACCUGCGCGAUGGUUCAUUCCAUCGGGGAACUGGGCACGCCUCGGCUCGUUCUGUGCAUUUUCCAGCGCAGUCACGGCCUUCGUCACACUUGGCCAGCUUGUUUUGAGCUACGUGUCUCCGCACAUGCUGAACGAAUUGAAGGUUUGGGAGACAAUCACAGCAUGCAUCCUCUAUCAGUCCUCGCUCUAUACCAUCACCCGACUCGCACGUAAGAAUUUCACCUUUGGUGAAUUGGUGAUUGUGUCGAUAUUUGGCGUGACACUCAUGCUAGAAUCGAUGCACAUUACGGUGUCAAAGCUCUCCUCUCGAGUCAAGGUCGUUCACACAUUUCGUACGCCUAAUGCGCUUUUGAUAUUUCACCUCGCCUUGAUUGUCGGCACAUUCUCCAUUGGUUUCUUGAACUCGCCUCUCCUCUACCUAUCCCGAUACCUCGCACAGCGGCCGACGCACCGCCUACGAUGGCCGCAGCAGCGUGAUCUUCACCGGCGUCUCCUUUCGGGGUUCUUCUUUUUCUUUGCGGCCGCUUUCAUCUUUGCUGUUCUGGGAUUGUGGGUCCAAUGGCUACUGGGAGGCCACAACCCGUGGCUAUGGACGUUCAAAUUCGUGCUGGAGGGGCAAGUCUUCUGGACACGACCAUUGCUCAUCAGCUACUGGGUGGUUCUGGUGUCGGCCUCGGUGGCGGGAUGGCAACGGAUCGUUAGCAAGUCGAGGAGGUUCAAGCAGCCCAAGGCGACCAUGCAAGUGGUCCCGACAUCCAAUGCUGCAAACGGAUUGCAGAUGCACGAAGGGCGCCUGGAUGGUGGUCAUACGAAUUCCACCAACAGUGUCCCGACUAUCCCAAGCGGAACUGCAAAACAUGAUGCUAGCUCUACCGCCAUACGCAAAGCUGCACAUCUCAGUCUGAACGCGCGUCGCAAAUUCUUCCAUGGACUUGCUGUUCUUCUUUUCCUGCCAGGUAUACUUUUCGAGCCGUCCUUCACACAUCUGGCGCUCUCGCUCGCAUUUGCGGUCUUUAUCUUCGCCGAGUACAUUCGCUACUUUGCUAUAUGCCCACUCGGCGCACCGCUCCACAUUUUCAUGAGCGAGUUUCUCGACCACAAAGACUCGGGUCCUGUCAUUCUCAGCCAUUUUUAUCUCCUCUCUGGCUGUGCACUUCCGCUCUGGCUCGAAAGUUCCACAUUUGUUACAAGAUGCUCUGGGACUUUGGUGUUGGGAGUCGGCGAUGCUUUGGCGUCAGUUAUCGGCCGCCGGUACGGCAGGCUGCAUUGGCCCUUCUCAUCCAAAACGGUCGAAGGUUCAGCAGCGUUCAUCUCUAGCAUCUAUUUCUGUGGCCUGGCUUUGCAACGGCUUGCACCAAGCGACUCAUUUACCGUCGGCAAAUGGCUCGGUAUCGUGACUCUGCUAGGCGUAUUGGAAGGCGUGUCUGAGCAGAACGACAACCUCAUCCUUCCCAUCUUUGCAUUUGCACUUUGCACCAUCAUGCACCUGUAGCGAUCCUGAGCAGUUAUCCCUUGAAGCAAUAGGCGCGCAUAAUUUGGACCACAUCGCAAUGAUUCGCGGUUCGCGAUCGCUCCGAGAUCCUAUACGGGGUCUGUGAUUACAUAUGUAGUCCAGUUUCCAGAGCCU